AUGAACGACGUCGAGAAGACCGACACGGCGCUGGAGGAGAAGCGCUACACCGAGCACGUCGAGUCGUCGUCGACUUUCGGCCAGGCGGCCGAGCCGCAUGUCGGCGCCGUCAAGGUCCCGGCGCGCAUCUUUACGAGGGCAGAGGAGGACAAGCUGUAUCGCAAGGUCGACCUUCGCCUCAUGCCGAUUCUCGCCGUGCUCUACCUCCUCUCGUUCAUGGACCGCGGCAACAUCGGCAACGCCCGCAUCGAGGGCCUUGAAGCCGACCUCGGCAUGACCUCGCAGGACUACAACACCGCCCUCUCCUGUUUCUUCAUCACCUACUGCCUGUGCGAGGUGCCGGCCAACCUCGUCAUGAAGAAGUUCCGCAGGCCUUCCCGGUGGCUCGGACUCGUCACGACGGUGUGGGCCAUCGUUAUGACGCUCAUGGGCGUGGUUACCUCGUUCGGCGGCCUGCUCGCUGCUCGUCUCGCCCUCGGCGUCGCCGAGGCGGGUCUCUUCCCGGGCGUCAUCCUCUAUCUCAGCAUCUGGUACCCUCGCGAGAGGUCGCAGGCACGCGUCGGCUUCUUCUUCGGCGCCGCAACUCUCGCGGGCGCGUUUUCCGGCCUGUUGGCUUAUGGGAUUGGGUUUAUGAGGGGGCUCGAGGGCCUCGCCACUUUCGUCGUCGGCGUUGCCUCGUUCUGGCUCAUCUCCGACUACCCGAAUGAGUGCAAGUGGCUCACGCAGGAGGAGAAGGAGUGGCUCAUCUACCGCCGGGCGACCGACAACUCCAAGGUCGGCGAGGCCGAGCACGUCAGCAAGAGCUUCAUCUGGUCGGCCUUCUCGACGUGGCAGACGUGGCUCUCGAUCGGCUACUACCUCGGCGUCGUCGUUCCCCUGUACGCCAUCUCGCUCAUCUCGCCAACCCUCGUCGCCGGCCUCGGCGACUACAGCCGCGCCCAGACCCAGCUCCUCACGGUCCCGUACUACGUCGUCGCCUUCCUCUUCGUCAUGGCCGUCUCCGGCGAGAACCCUGCACGCUCGAACAAAGCUAACGACCUGGUCGGCCUUCUCAACCCGGCAGCCGUCCUCUCGGAUCGGUACAAGACUCGGUUCCCUUUCCUCAUGAUCGAGCUCACGCUCUGCGUCAUCGGUCUCGUUAUCAACAUUUCGCCGGCACCGAGCGGCGUCAAGUACUUUGGCAUCUACCUGAUUGCCAUGGGCGCUUACGGCGGCCUCCCGACGUCCGUUACGUGGCUGUCCAACAAUCUUUCGGGCCAGACGAAGCGGGCUGUCGGUUCUGCCGCCCAGAUCGGCCUCGGCAACCUCGGCGCGCUCGCGUCCUCGAACGUGUACCGCAAGCAGGACAAGCCGCACUACUACCUCGGGCACGGCGUCGUCCUCGGCUUCGUCAUGCUCGGCUACAUCUGCGGGCCCCUGUACGCCGUCAUGCUCAAGCGCGAGAACGCACGCAAGACCGAGUGGCUCGAGCAACAGGCGAUGCUUCCCGAGGAGCAGCGGACGCAGUACACGGUCGAGGAGCUCCGGGCCCAGGGCGACAAGGCCGCCGACUUCAAGUACCUUAUCUAG